AUGGGCCGCUCCAGGCCCCGACCGCCUUCGACCGCAGCCCAGCCAGCAGUGGCGAGUACUCACGCUCACGCUCUCCGCAAGCCCGACCGACGGUGUGUUCUCGCGCCUGCUCUUCCAUCUUCCAUCCUUAUCGGUGUGUUCUCUGCACAGACGCACCUUAUCAGGGCAGCCCACCGCUCGAGCAAUAACGUCAUCCACGCAUCGUCGGCGUCCCCCGCACCCCCGGCCCCAAGUCUCGACCUCAACGCUGCGCACGUUAUCGAAGGCGACAGCGACGACGACGACGACGACGACGCGUUUUAUACUCCCCUCCCUUCGCCUUCCCGCUCCCCUAACCUCUCCCUCCUCGCCGACUCUGCCAUCGCGGCCCCACGGUCCCAUCAUCCACACAUGCAGCGCGUGUCCGACGGGUCCGAUUCUUCUGCAUCUUCUCUCGAGUCUUCAUCGACACCCCCUACCUCUGACGAGACACAUUCCGUCCUCUCUGCCGCCGCCUCCAAAUCGUCUGCCACCGCCGCCCCCUCACCCACUUCCGACUUUCUCUCGGCACGCCUUCGUCUCUCCUCGAAACCUUCCUCGUCUGCCUCUUCUCGCGCAUCCCACUCGGCGAGCCGCUCCGUAGCUUCUGCCCCUGCGCCCCUACCGCGUUCAUCCCGCAACACUUACACAGACGAGGACUGGGCAAAGGAGGUCCGCUGGCUUGUCACGCCCUCCGCUGCUGCCUCUGUCAAGUCGAGACGCCGCCAAUCCCUCCCUGUCGCCCCGGUAAACUAUGUCGACCUGCCCACCGUCUUCCAACCACGGCCCCCUCCUCCGCGCCGCGGACGUGCAAAGUCGGGCAGGGUCCGCACGAAAGUGCUCAUGACGGCCCUCAUGGAAGAGGACGAGGAUGCGAUGGCGGGCGAAGACUAUCACCUCCAGCCGGCCUCGUCCUCGCGAUCGCGAUCGCGCGCCCGCACGGCGUCCGACCCCACCUCUUCGCCCACCGUCUUGCGGCGCAGCAAUAGCCUGACUACCCCUAGCGGCCGCCACGGCGCCUCUCGUAACGGCGUACCAUCUCGCAGCAACUCCUUGAUUCUCCGCAGUAGUGCGGCCGGCUCGUCAGCGUCCCCGCGCUCGCCCUACACCCUCUCGUCUCGGACCGUAGCGCUCCCCACGCCCCUCCCCGUUCCCCCUCCUCCGUCCUCUGCCACCAGCGCCCCUGGCACCGAUGUCAACCUCGGCGCAACCGCGUCCCCCAGCACGUCGGGCUACACUACGCUGACGCUCCCGCGUGCAGCAUACACGCCUGCAAACCCGUGGCGCGCCCUCGGCGGCGGCCGCGUAGACCUCGCGCGCGACGGCAAAGCGCAGACGACGAUGGCGAGCGUCGAGAUCGUGCGCGGGGUCGCCCGCACGCUCCCCCGAGGCGGCCUUCUCAGGCGGGCGACAGCGCCGCGGAGAGCAUCGCUCGCAGGCAUCCCGUUCCGGACGAGUUUCGGGAGCAAGUCGGAACUGUCGCUGGCCCACGAUCCAGGAAAGAAGAAGAGCAAGGGAAAUGCGUCAUCUCCGCGCCCGUCGUUGCACCCGUCGUCCGCGUCGGCGUUGGCGCUGACGUCGCAUCUGUCGCCGCCGAGUUACUGCCCAGAGUCGCACGUGCUGAUACAGGUGUACGCGGUCGCGCUCGAGGGGCUGGACGCGCAGAUCGUUGCGGAAAAGGUCGCAGACGGGGCUGAGGGACGGGCGACGGGGUUCGUUCCCGGGCGAGGCGUGGUCGGACGUGUGGUCGAGUGUGGUUGGGAGGUGCGUGGGGAGGUGGCAAAGAAGGGCGAGUGGGUCGUCGGGCUGUUGGACGUUAGGAAGUGCGGAGCGCUGGCCGAGUUCGUGCUUCUGGAUCGACAUCGUAUACACCGCGUACCUCAACCGCACCUCCCAUCUCCGACCCUCUUCCCCUCACACGCCACCGAGGACCUUCCCCUCGGCCCUCCACAACCUGCCACCCUCGAGUCUCUCGCCCUGCUCCCCGUCGUUGGCAUCCCAGCCUACCGUUCCGUACGAACGUUCUUACUGUCGCUUGGUGGAGCCCCGGAGCCGGGCGCCGUGCAGCCGGCGAGCAGAGCGCUGAUCCUGCGGGGGCAGGACGGCGUCGGAGGUAUGGUGACUCGCAUGCUUCUCGCCCGGGGCGUGGGCGUCGUAGUGCACGUCGAGCCCGCCGUCGUCGACGUCGCCGAGUCCGACACGCCGCUCCUGAUGCUGUCGCCCCACGACGACAGGCACGACGACGAAGACGUCGAGCCCAACGCCCGAUUGGACGAGCUCUACCGGCGCGUGCGGGCAUGGGGCGCAGAGGGCCUGUGCGUCGGCGGCGCGGUCGACACGCUCGCGCAGCUCGACGCGCGCGGCGAGGCGUUCGAUUUCGUGCUCGACACCGUCGGCGGGAAGGACGUGUGGGAGCACGCGCACAGGAUGCUCUCGCGGCGCGCGCCGGAUGCGGGCGUGGGCGCGGGCCGCGCGCAGUUCACGACCGUCGUGGGCGACGCGAGCUCCGGGCACGCCAUCCCGACCGCGCACGACCACUGGCGCGCGGGCGUGCGCUCGCUGAAGCGCGCGAUGUCGUCGGGGUCGGGGUCGGGGUCCGUGUCGGGAUCGUCUUCGCCGGCGGCGCUGGCUUCGCUCCCGGGGUCCGCGGCGUCGUCCUGCGACCAGCUCUCGCACGAGGGGAAGGGGGCCAAGCGCGGCGCGGCCAAGGCGCCGCGGAAGGCGCGCCCGCGCACGGUCGGAUACUCGUGGGUGUCGUGCGUCGCGGACGUGGACUUUGAGGGCGGCGACGUGCGCGACGCGCUCGGCGCGCUCGUGGGGAUGCUCGAGCGCGGGCGCGCGAGCCCGCCGGGGGAGAUGAUUCGCGGGGAGGCGUACGGCGCGGGGCGCGUGCUCCCGCUCGAGCGGGCGCCCGAGGCGUUUGGGGAGGCGGGCCUUUUGGAGGGCGGCGGGACGGUCGUGGUGCGGGUCGUGGUGUGA